AUGAUGACUCAUACUGAGAUUUAUAUAGUUGACAGAAUAUCUAUUUGUAUUGUUUUCCUUCAAUUGGAAUAUGUUCAAUGUUACCAAUCGAGAGCAAAACUGCCUUCAAUGAGUGAUACAGAUGCAUCACAAUGGUUAGCAAUACGAAGUCUUCCACGCCGUUUUCGACAACAAUAUCUAGCAAACCAACAGCCCGACGAUCUCAGUCAAGCAUUCGGACAGUUACAAGCCAUGAAUGAUAAUGGUAUUCGUCAGUUUGAUAGUCAAUCUAUAGAUGGUAUUCCAAUGGAAGUUCUCUACGAAUUAUCCCAAAAAGGUGGAAAAUACAAAUAA